GAGCGCCGCGCACCGGGUGGGAGGGAGGCAUCGGCGGAGGCGCUGCUCGUACGUGGCCGGCGCCGGCCCGGGGCUCGCCGCCCGUAGCCAUGACCCCCGCAGGCCGUCCUCCGGCCCUGGCUCGCGGAGUCUAGUGCCCCCACGCAGUCGCGCGCAGCUGCGGGAGAGCCAGCCGCUACCCCUCCGCCCCGGCGUCGUCGCCCUUGGCGCCUUAUCGCCCUCUCCCCGGAGCCCGGAGCAGCGCGGGCGGCCGGCGGCCCCGUGCAAACUGGGGGUAUCUGCUGGAGCAGCCCCCCGCGCCGCCGCCGCCGCCGCCCCCGGCUCUGGCCAUGGCCUGGCGGGGCGCAGGGCUGCGCGUCCUGGGGGGCCCCGGGGGCGUCGGGCUCAGUCCGCGGCGGCUGCUGCUGCUGCUGCUGCUGCUCGUGGGGCCGGCGCGGGGCUUCGGGGACGAGGAGGAGAGGCGCUGCGACCCCAUCCGCAUCUCCAUGUGCCAGAACCUGGGCUACAACGUGACCAAGAUGCCCAACCUGGUGGGGCACGAGCUGCAGACGGACGCCGAGCUGCAGCUGACCACCUUCACGCCGCUCAUCCAGUACGGCUGCUCCAGCCAGCUGCAGUUCUUCCUUUGUUCCGUGUAUGUGCCCAUGUGCACGGAGAAAGUCAACAUCCCCAUCGGGCCCUGCGGCGGGAUGUGCCUUUCGGUCAAGAGACGCUGCGAGCCUGUGCUGAAGGAGUUUGGCUUUGCCUGGCCGGAGAGCCUAAACUGCAGCAAAUUCCCGCCCCAGAACGACCACAACCACAUGUGCAUGGAAGGGCCAGGUGAUGAGGAAGUGCCCUUGCCUCACAAAACCCCCAUUCAGCCCGGGGAAGAGUGCCACUCCGUGGGAACCAACUCGGAUCAGUACAUCUGGGUGAAAAGGAGCCUGAACUGCGUUCUCAAGUGUGGCUAUGACGCCGGCUUGUACAGCCGCUCGGCCAAGGAGUUCACCGACGUCUGGAUGGCCGUGUGGGCCAGCCUGUGCUUCAUCUCCACCGCCUUCACUGUGCUCACCUUCCUGAUCGAUUCUUCCAGGUUUUCCUACCCGGAGCGCCCCAUCAUCUUUCUCAGUAUGUGCUAUAAUAUUUAUAGCAUUGCUUAUAUUGUCAGGCUGACUGUAGGCCGGGAAAGGAUAUCCUGCGAUUUUGAAGAGGCAGCAGAACCUGUUCUCAUUCAAGAAGGCCUUAAGAACACAGGAUGUGCAAUCAUUUUCUUGCUGAUGUACUUUUUUGGAAUGGCCAGUUCCAUCUGGUGGGUUAUUCUGACGCUCACUUGGUUUUUGGCAGCGGGACUCAAAUGGGGUCAUGAAGCCAUCGAAAUGCACAGCUCUUAUUUCCACAUUGCAGCCUGGGCCAUCCCCGCGGUGAAAACCAUUGUCAUCUUGAUUAUGAGACUGGUGGACGCGGACGAGCUGACUGGCCUGUGCUACGUGGGGAACCAGAACCUGGAUGCGCUCACGGGCUUUGUGGUGGCCCCGCUGUUCACCUACCUGGUGAUUGGGACUUUGUUCAUUGCUGCGGGGUUGGUGGCCUUGUUCAAAAUUCGGUCAAAUCUCCAAAAGGAUGGGACGAAGACAGACAAGCUGGAAAGGCUGAUGGUGAAGAUCGGGGUCUUCUCGGUCCUGUACACCGUGCCUGCAACCUGCGUGAUUGCCUGUUAUUUCUAUGAAAUCUCCAACUGGGCGCUCUUCCGGUAUUCUGCAGAUGACUCCAACAUGGCGGUGGAAAUGUUGAAAAUCUUUAUGUCUUUGCUGGUGGGCAUCACUUCGGGCAUGUGGAUUUGGUCUGCCAAAACUCUGCACACGUGGCAGAAGUGUUCCAACAGAUUGGUGAAUUCUGGGAAGGUAAAGAGAGAGAAAAGAGGGAAUGGUUGGGUGAAGCCUGGGAGAGGCAAUGAGACUGUGGUAUAAGGCUAGCCAGCCUCCACGCUUUCCAGAUUUUGAAGGGGGAAUGCCAGCAUUGGGGUGCAAGAGCUACUAAAAAGCUUCAUGCAGUGAAUCUCAGUUUGAACAAACUAGCAACACUUCAGUGACCCCCCCCCCCAGUAACCCACCACCACUCUCCCCCCGCUGCCCAUCUGCGCCCAGCAUCAUAAAACUAGUGAUUUAGCUGCAGACUUUGGAAUGAUCCAAAAUGGAAAAGCCAGUAAGAGGCUUUCAAAGCUGUGAAAAAUCAAAACAUUGAUCACUUGAGCAGGUCGCAGCUUGGAGCGUGGAGGUCCUCCCAAGAUUCCAGGAAGUCCAGGGGAUGCUGCUUUUCCCUGCAGGGUGGGAUUUGAGCUGUGAGUAGGCAACUUACAGGGAGAAAGAUUAACUUUUUUUUUAACCCUUUAAAAGUUUUAAAUACUAACUGGGUCUUUGAGACAGCAAAGCGAUCUAUAAACACUGGAAACACUGGGUUCAGAGAAGUGUUACAAGAGUUUUAUAGUUUGGCUGAUCUAACAUAAACAUUUUCCGGGUGCACUGUCUGCUGUUUAGAACUUUGUGGAUUGCUCGCCCAAGAGGUGGUGUCAGAAUCUUUCAGUGCCUUUGUCAUAAAACAGAAUUGUUUGAACAAACAAAAGUACUGUACAAACACAUAUGAGGUAUCCCGUGGAUUUUUCUUCUCUCUCUCCCUCUUAAAUUUCAACAGCUCCGUCCUAGACCGCUGCUGUUUUCUCCAUUUUACAUUAAUGACUCAAAAUAGGUAUUUUUAUAGGAAUGUUUGCACUGCAGCGGGUCUAAUGAGGGGGAAAGGAAGGGCGAUUCACUUUCUUGACAAUCACUUAAUUCAGAGGAAAAUGAGAUCUACCAAGUCGACUUACCUUACCCACCCCAGAGACCGAUUGCAUUGAGCACCAGGGACUUAAUAUAUUUUACUUUGUGUGAUUAUAUCUAUGCAGACGCCAGUCUGGAAGAGCUAAAAUGUUACGUUUCUUGGCAACUUUGCAUUCACACAGAUUAACUGUAUAAUUUGUGUGUGUCAAUUACAAUUAAAAGCACAUUCUUGGACCAUGA